AUGGAAGACAGCUCCGCGGAGAAGUCGCAAGAGAUGGACGCUACGCCCACCUUGACAGGCUCUCGAGGGAAAGCUCCGACCAGAGCUCAAGCUACAAAAUCGGACAAUGGCCCGGCUUCGAAAAGACGUUGUGUCAGUACGGCGUGUAUCGCCUGCCGCAGGAGGAAAUCCAAGAUAGAGGCUCACAAUACCCUAGGCGUCUACGAUCCGAAUUCCGACCAUCGCAGGAAAGGUGUUUAUAAGAAGGAUACCGACGCGUUGAGAACGAAAAACACUACAUUGUUGACGUUGAUACAAGCCUUAUUGAACUACGAAGAGGAGGAUGCAUUCGACUUGGUUCGCCAGAUUCGGUCCUGCGAUAAUCUCGAAGAUGUCGCACAAUCGAUCCUCGGCCAAGGGAGAGGUUCCACGGCAGGCCCUGAGGACACAGUAGCUAGCGGAGAUGAAGCCCUAACGCAAACUGACCAGUUCGAGUCGGAGUUAGCAGGGAAGAUGAGUGAGCUUGUUUUGGACGGCUCCCGCAAGUUCAUUGGCGGCACCUCGAACCUCAUCUUUCUGCCUCCCGGGUCGGAGCUGAAUGAAUUUAGAUCAUCUUUAGGUGCCCAGGAAUUGGAUCAGGGCCAUGGUGAUUAUUCCGUCACACGGUGGACCCGUGUUACUCAGGAUGAGAGACUGAUCAGUCAUCUCAUGACAAUGUACUUUACCUGGCAUUACCCGUUCUUCACGACCCUUUCUAAGGAUUUAUUUUAUCGGGACUAUAUACGCGGGGUGCCCAGCCAGUAUUGCUCGACUUUGCUCGUCAAUGCAAUGCUAGCUCUGGGUUGUCAUUUCAGCUCCUGGGAAGGCGCUCGGGAGGAUCCAGAGAAUUCUGCCACGGCGGGCGAUCAUUUCUUCAAAGAGGCCAAAAGGCUAUUUUUCGAGAACGAUGAACACGCGAACGCAAAGCUAUGCACCGUACAAGCGCUGGCUCUGCUGUCGGUGCGUGAGGCGGGUUGUGGCCGCGAGAGCAAGGGCUGGGUCUACAGUGGGAUGAGCUUUCGGAUGGCCUUCGAUUUGGGCCUCAACUUUGACUCGACCAGCCUCGGGGCGCGGGAUCUGGGCGAAGAAGAAGUGGAUGCACGCCGGAUAACAUUCUGGGGUUGCUUUCUGUUCGAUAAGUGCUGGUCUAAUUACCUCGGUCGCCAGCCCCAGUUGGCGGGAUCUAGCAUUAGCGUCCCGAAAGUGGAUAUAUUGCCUAACGAGGAAGCUGAAUUAUGGUCCCCAUACAUGGAUACGGGAGUAGGUCGUGAGCACACUCAACCGUCGCGGAUCCGAGCCGUUGCCUCUCAGAUCUUCCGGCUGUGCGAGAUCAAUGGCGACCUGCUUGUAUUCUUCUACGACCCGACUCCGAAGGAGAAACCCACCACUAAGCAGGCAGAACUCAAGAAACUCAGCGAUCUGCAUACAAGGCUUGAAGCCUGGAAGAAGGAUCUACCAAAGGAACUCAGACCACAAGAGGGCCAGCUUCCUCAGGCACUUCUAAUGCACUGUAUCACUGACAGACCAAAAUUGCUGAGGAUGUACAAACGGACCUACGGGUUCAAGCAAAUAUGCAACAUUGCAGUCUACAUUGCCCAUACCGCGUUGACUGUACAUCUUCUCAAUCUUCCAGAGAAGAAUGCUCAGCGAGACGUCAUUCAUGGCCUGCGGCAUCUCGAAGAGAUGGGUGAGAGUUGGCUCUGCGCACGGCGCACCCUUAGGAUUCUAGAGAUUUCUGCCAACAAGUGGCAUGUCGAACUGCCGGCAGAGGCUACAGCCACUUUCGAACAAACACAUGCCAAAUGGGGAUCCUGGGGCUCAUGGGAUCAAGCGAUAUCUCCUCCGCCUUCCGAGGAGUCACCGCCAGCUCCAACCAUGCAUUAUCCGGUUGCAGAUCCAAGCAGUGCCCUUUAUCCACAGGCUGGGAGACCGAUGGGUUCACAUGAGCAUGGCGGUCCUGUGAUGCAGUCGCCACCCACUUCGGUGGGGUCCACGGGAUUUUCACACACAACGGGACCUCCAAUACCACCUUCUGUGUCGGCUGUGCGUGCAGCGCAGCGGUCAUUGAACGUCCAGCUUGCGCAGGGCGCUACCCGGCUUCCUGAGCCUACGUAUCUCCGGCCCGUAACCAACGCCUAUAAUCAGUUCCAGCCCGUUCCGGUGGCCCAGCAGGAGGUCUGGUAUGCCCCGGACGAAGAACAGAUCCGCGCAUUCACCACUGGGCAGAACAUUCCUGCAACCACGACAUCGUCUCCUGUAACACCCUUUGAUGGGCCGGAAAAUCUAGUAGAAGAGAGCCAAGACUGGUGGUCUCGUGAAUCGAGCGCCAUGACCUUUGGAAUGGACCAUUGGGUGCCAGGAUGGAACCCUGGUAUGACUGGGAGAGAACCCGACAUGCGGUUCGGAAACCAUUACGCCAACGUUGGGCAGACAUCGGGAGCCGAGAACAGCUCUCGACCAACCCCAACGAUGAGGUUUGGGGUUGGAGCCCCUCCAGGGAGUGCCAAUCCAGAGCAGCAUCCAGGAAUGCCUGGCUACAGUGGCGUGUGA